AUGGAGGCAGAUGUUUCCUUUCGUGGCCUAGUGCGGCAAUGUGCACUGAGGAAAGAAUUGACCGGAGCUCAACUGGAAGUUGCAAAGGAAGGCCUUCUCCACCAGCUCUCGGAUCAGAUCAGUGUAGCCCUGCACGAGCAUGCAGCAAAGCUGCAUGAACAACUGAAAUCGUUGCUGGCAGUUCAGGAGCAGCGUGCUAGACAUGCAGAGACAGCCAUUGAGUCAAUCUUCAGGGAUGCCGUGGCGUGUCCUUUCAGUGCGCUGGAGUUUGGACUUCCAGGUGAGGUGGAGGAGACUUGGGCAGAGCACACCAAGCCAGAAGCAAAAGUUGCAGAGCCACCUUUGGCCCUUGAGCCGCCUCCUCCGUGUGAGGAGUUCAGGGUUUUGCUUCAGGGCGAGGCAACCGUGCGAGCGGAAUUUCAAGAGGCCUCAGGGUCAGAUCCUGUAAACUCAGAUGCUAACGCUAACCUCAUUGCGAUCCUGGGUGCAAUACCUGGCCUCAUCCAGUCAUCGCUGGCAGUUCAAGAGCAGUGGCACUAUGACUGCUUGCGGAAAUGGACGUCGCGCCAAGAAAGCAAACAACAAGAGGCACGCGCACGGCUUGAAGACCUCCUUCGCAAGUACCGGCAUGGUGAUAGAAAACCAGCUGGAAGGAAUGUAAGAGGUCAAGGCAUACCUCACUUGAACACGGCCGAUACAAUAUCGACUCCUCCGGAAAUGAUGAGUGAGGUGGUGCAGUUUACUCCAAACCCAACGCCAAAGGCAGCGGAAGCAGCGGUAGAAGACAUUGUGACAGCCAAAGAGACGCUGGCCAUUUCGCAGGCUACUACCACUGGCAAUGAGGAAGAACGAAGAUGGAUUUGGUAUCCAGCUUUGAACCCACCGAAUUGGCGCCGGAGUGGCUUCCUUCUCCUUGAAGAUUCCAAUCACUACAUUCUCGGACGGAUAAUCUCAGGAUUCAUGGUUGCUGUCAUCAUGGUGAGUACUGUGUCCUUCGUCAUAGAGACUUUGCCGAACUUCAAGGAUCGACCACAGCGUUGUCAAGAGCUGCUGGCAGCUGGUGCGGCGCUCACAGUUAAAGCGUGUGAGCCCGUGCCGCGGCCGAUUUUCUCUACGCUGGAAGCUAUUUGCAUCGAAGCUUGGUAUCAUGAUUUGUGGCUUGGCAUGAAGUUCACAAACUUUUCAUGGGUCGCUCCUGGAAUCGUCACAGGGAAUCGAUGUCCCAAACCGAAGGACAGCAUUUAUCGGUGGCAUCAGUGCCUUUGGUUCUCCUGCUUUGGAAGCCUAGCAACAUUUACCAUCUUGGCUGCUUGUGAAAAAGAUCUCGAGCGUUUUGGAGGUGGUGAAGGGGAAUUUCUACCAGGGACUGCAACAGCAGCUUCAACCGAUGGGAACACUGCUUCAUCGAAUCACAUGGCCACACUGGUGCCAACAUUCGAUCCGUCAAAGGAUGACUUAGAACAGUAUACGCAAAAGGUAGAACUGCUUAGUGAGAUUUGGCCUGCAACAAAAAUCAAUGAGUUGAUUACUCGCCUCAUCUUGAACACAAGUGGAACUGCUUUUCAGAAACUUCAGCUGAACAAUCCCCGGUGGAUGAUGACAAAUGACAAGAAAGGAGUGCAACUACUGGUCCAGCUCCUUGGCGGCCAGUGGGGAAAAGUCAAUUUGGAGAAAAAGUAUGACAUCGUGGAGAGAGCACUUUUCCGUUGCCUUCAGAAACAAGAUGAAUCCAACGAUUCUUUCCUAGCCCGUUGUGACGUUGUUUGGUCUGAACUUCUAGCCAAGAAGGUGCAGUUGGAAGAAAUCCAAUCGUACAUACUCAGAGGGUCUCGUUUGAGCACAGAGAAUAAGAAACGUGUCAUUGUUGAGAGUGAAUCAUCGUCAAGUGGAGUUUUGAACAUGGAGAAGGUCACACAAUCUGUUCGCAUGCUUGGUACUUCAUUUUUCAAUGAGAUGAUUGGUCAAAAGGUCUCCAAGGGCAAGAUUUAUGAAUCCCAAGUGAUGCUAACUGAAGAUCAAGAUGACUUUCAACAUGAUGAGUCUGCAGACGUAGCUGAUGAAUAUACCGAGGAUGAGUUUGUAGGUCAGUUACUGCAAGAUGAUGAUGAAGAUGCAGCCUUGAUUGCCGAUUAUGAAUCGAGGGCCGCAGAUGUGCUGCAAGGAGACAGUGACCUUGCUGCCACAUACAACGCAUACGCAGAUGCCAGGAAUGAACGAAUCACAGAGCAACCUGAGAGCCGUUUUGUGGCAUCCGUGAGAGAGCAGCCAGCAGUAGCAUAUUUUUCCACGUAUGGCACUUGUGGCAUACUUGACACAGGUCUGGGUCUCAAGAUUGCAAUCGUGCCUGGCGAAACACCGCUGCUGCUGUCCAACACACUCCUGAGGACUCUCAAAGCCAGUUUGAACAGCGAGCAUCACACGUUGUCCAGUCCUUUGUUGAACCAGGAGAGCCAUGGCAUGGUGCCUCUGAAGAACCCCGAAGAUCUGCAAGGGGUGAUGUUGCCUCGAUCCAAAUGCAUGCCCAAGAGCAAGGCCAUGCCGGCACAUCAAGUGCCUGUGGAGGUGAUCCAGGAGAUUGUGGAUCCCAGCGACCCGUGGGAUGUCAUGGACUACACAGCACUGCAACAGGACCAGACCAACGAGAUGAUCGAGGCACUCCAAGCUCGAGUACUGAACAUGGAAGGUGCCAUCAGCGAGAUCUUAGGAGCCAAGAGAAGAUCCGUUUCUGCCGGUGUCCAAAGUGCCAAACGAGCAAAACUGAAAGAGGGUAGCAUCAAAAGCUCACUAACUGGCGAUGAUGAACUACCCACACAUGCCAAAGCAUGUGAGGAGACGUCCGAGGGCUUACGUUUCCGGGAGAUGUUAGCUCGCCGAGAAACAGCUCGCCGAGCUUUUCACUCAGCUGAUAAUGACAUGUCUCUUCGCAGGGCCGCCUUACGUCGUGAGAGGCCACACAGGGGUUCGUAUGAAGCUGGAGAGUGGGUCAUGGUGUGGAAAGUGGUUUCCAACCAAGGAUCCUGGUAUGGCCCCGCAAAAGUCAUCCAACAGGAUGGUUCCAACGCAGUGUUUUGCAACAAUAUGGGAUCCAUCCUCAAAGCAGCACCCGAGCAUGUCAGACCUGUCAGCGCCGUAGAAGCUCGCCUGAUCCCCCUGGAUCAAAUUGCCGGUGACAACGGGCCGAGAAGUGAACACCGUGAUAUCCCAACCAUGGACAGAAAUGACUUAAGAGCACUGAUAGGAUCACUCCAGUAUGCAUCCGUGAACACGAGACCAGACCUGUCAAGCCGCUUAAGUUUUCUGCAGAGCGAAGUGAACAAAGCGACCGUGGAGACAGCAUUUAUCGGUGGCAUCAGUUGGGAUGCGUUGGUGCACAGCGGCCUUCCCUUGGCGUUGCUUUUCUUCUAUGAGAUUCUUUUCGGCAUAAUUUUUGCCACCAUCAUCUACACUCUGGAAGGCAGUAGCUACUCAGUAGCUGAAGAGUUCACUGGCCCCUACGUGGACUUGGCUACUGGAAAGCAGAUGCCGCCCAAAUACCCGAAAGGUGUCUUUGUGCGGCCAAAUAUCUGGAACAAUGGGGUCGAACCAUCCCCUUUCUACUCUAUACCUGCAUCUCUGUGGUGGGUGUUUACCACAACUACAACUGUGGGCUAUGGGGAUUCCGCGCCUACCACAUCUCUGGGCCAAUGCUUGGGUGUGUGCGUUUUCUACUUCGGCAUCAUUCUUCUCGCCUUGCCAAUUGGUGUAGUGAGCCAGAAUUUCGAGCGUGCCUACGAGAGAGCUCACAAGGGGGGACGGCGCAGACGAAUGACUUCGCUAAUUCAUAGAGCCUACACUAAUGCUCCUGAACCUCGGCGUGGAAGCAUCUUCUCCGAGCGGGAUCACUCGGUUUCACUAUCUACCAGCCACAGUCCAUUGGAAGGGCAGCCAAAGGGUGGCAUUCGUAGAUGGAUUUUUACCGUGCUGAACGAUCCCAACUCCAGCAUGCUGGCAAUGGCGCUGUCCUACAUCAGUUUUUCUCUGAUCAUCGUGACAACUAUUUCCUUGAUUUUGGAAUCCAUGCCGGCUUUCAGCUACACGCCGGAAGGAUGUGGUAUUGUCGAGCUCAGUGUUGAACUCUGCAAGCCAGAGCCAGAUGCAGCGUUUGCCACGAUAGAAGUCUCUGGAACCAUCUAUUUCACUGUGGAAUACGCGUUGCGAAUUCUCUUCGCACAUUCUGCCACGGAGCACGAGUUGGGACUGCUCCUGGGCUCUCACCCACUCUCUGGCUGGAAGAAAACGUUGAAGUAUGCGCUGCAGCCCUUGAAUGUCAUCGACCUGGUGGCUGUUGUGCCCUUCUACAUGCAAUUCAUCGGUCUUGGAGGCAGUGGUACGGGAGUAGUGCGAGUUGUGCGGCUUGUUCGUGUCUUCCGCGUACUGAAAUCACCGAAGAUGCGGACAUGUGUCGAUAUGAUCCUCACUAUCGUCUUCGAAGCUUUGCCCGGAAUUAUCUCAGUGUUCUCUCUUACCUGUUUGGUCUGCAUCAUGUUCGGCUCCUGCAUGUUCUUCGCGGAAGGCACCACGUAUUCAGUGGACCCAGAGUUGGUCGACAUGGAGGUCUAUCCGAUGGGCACGUACAUCCGGCCAACCAAAGAUGGAAUGGGUUGGGAGCCAACGCCAUUUCAAUCCAUUCUGCACACAGUGUGGUGGCUCCUCGACUUGCACCAAAAGGAUCCAAAAGGUUUUUCGCAACUGCCGGGGGCCCCGGCUUUUUCGGCCCGCGAUCAGUACAGCGGUUUCGGCAUCACCUCUUCCACGGGAGAUUUCGGGGUCAGCAUAUGUCAGCAUCCCGAGGCUGUGGAAGUUUCACCAGCCACAGGCAUGGCUGGAAGUGAAAUGGAGCCUGACAGAGGCUGGGAACACGUCAUGAAAGGCUAUUGUCAGCGGCCAAGCAUCAGUGCAGGAAGCCUAGCACACUUCAGCGAGGUCGUGCAGCUCAGCAAGAGAUGCGGAAGCCUUGGUGGCAGGGUUCUCAGAGCAUGCAUCACAUCUCCGCAUCACAUCUUGCAGUUUGCUGAGCUCACCUUCUCCUUCGGCUCCGUUACGGAUGCCACAGGUCAAGGCCCAGACUUGCUGAGCUUCAAGGUCACCAUCAUUGGUUUUGGCUCCUUGCUGAGCAAAAAGAGUGCGCUGCUGACGACGCCCAGUAUGCAGGGCUUCCAGUACGUCAAAGUGAAGGGCUUCCAACGGCAAUUUGCACAUCCUGCUCCAAUUUUCUUUGAGCGUGGAGAGUAUCCUGGAAUUGCCCGGCCAAAAACGAAGGAGAUUGCAUCGCUCUCGACAACGCCAAACCCUGAAAGCUCAUUUGUGGCAUGCGCCUAUCAGAUUCCCAAGUCUGAGUGGGAGCCUUUGGCACAACGUGAGGAGGAAUUUGAGUUCAUUGAAGCUGCCUUUGAAGCUUUAGAAGAGGGAGCGCCAAGUUUGGGCAGGAAUACCGGUCUGAUGUGUACCAGAUCGACAGAUGAUAAACUGCAGCAGCUGCCAAUAUGGCAACGCUAUGAAAAAUGCUUGAAGCCCGCUUUUGGAGAGGUAAAGGUUUGGUCUUGGGAGCCAGACUCUGGCAUUCGGCCAUGUCCAGUGUACUGCAGACAUUGUGUUCUAGCAACCCAGAAAGAAGGAGUUCCUGAGUAUGUGUCCAAGAGCUUCCUUGAUGAGACCUUCCUUGUGGAUGGGAAAACGACUUUGCGAGACUACUUGGACAAGAACCCACACGUGAUGGCAAGCGAACCGCCCGAGGAGUUUCGAGAAAGAUAUAGUGGCUGA